AUGUCCGAAAUGAGGCCCGCUGGCGAAUGGGAGGGACAAAUAACAGAAAAAGAAUUGGAUUGGCUUAGCUUUCUAUUUCCUCAUCUCUGCGACCUAGACCCGACCGACACGGAACAUCCCGCCCCCGGUCGAGGAAACACCAUUUGGUCUGCCGUGUGGCUUUUGCUCGAUUUGCCUUAUUGGUAUCGGAUAUCGAUCUUUCAGGAAGCGGUGCUCGCAGACCGCUUGUUGUUACACCAUACUCAAUGCUGGAAACCAUUGCCGAUGCUGUCCGCCAAAUUGAUCGGUGGUGCUGCGGUCAUGCCCCGAGCUUCUUCCACCGGUGGAUUUGGAGGACCAUCUUCAAGACUCCACCCCGUCGGGAGAAGGUAUACACCAUCCAACACGCACGAAACAGGAGGCUUACCUUUGCCGACACCUCACAACAACCAGGCCCAACCGAGAACGCAAGAAUGA